UCUGUUUUAUUGAUUAUAUAUGAAUCAUUGAAUCGAUCAUCAAUCGUAAAUCAAUAAUGAGUUUUCUUGGAUUUCGACAAUCGGCUGAAAUCGACAUAUUAUUGGAUGGAGCCGAAAGUCGUAAAAUGGCCGAUAUUAAAACCGAGGAUGGUAAAAAAGAACGAUAUUAUCUUUAUUAUGAUGGUGAAACUGUUUCGGGAAAGGUGAAUAUUAAUCUGAAAAAACCGGGACAAAAAUUAGAACAUCAAGGCAUCAAAGUGGAAUUUAUUGGUGAAAUUGAAUUAUAUCAAGAUCGUAGUAAUCAUCAUGAAUUCACUAGUUUGGUCAAAGAUCUGGCACGGCCAUCAGAAAUGCUUCAGAAUACAAGCUAUUCAUUUGAAUUUGCAAAUGUUGAAAAACCGUAUGAAUCAUAUACGGGUAGUAAUGUAAGGCUUCGAUAUUUUCUUCGUGUGACCAUUGCACGUCGAUUAACGGAUAUUGUAAAAGAAAUGGAAAUUGUCGUACACACUUUAUCCCAUUAUCCGGAGGUUAAUUCACCCAUCAAAAUGGAAGUCGGCAUCGAAGAUUGUCUUCACAUUGAAUUCGAAUACAACAAAUCAAAAUAUCAUUUGAAAGAUGUUAUUGUGGGCAAAAUAUAUUUCCUCUUGGUACGUAUCAAAAUCAAACAUAUGGAAAUUACAAUCAUCAAGAAAGAAUCGACUGGUAUUGGUCAGAAUACAUUUAAUGAUAAUGAAAUCAUUGCCAAAUAUGAGAUUAUGGACGGUGCACCGGUACGUGGAGAAUCCAUUCCGAUCAGAUUGUUUUUGGCUGGCUAUGAUCUAACACCAACGAUGAAAGAUAUUAAUAAAAAAUUUUCCGUUCGUUAUUAUCUGAAUUUGGUGUUGGUUGACGAAGAAGAACGUCGAUAUUUCAAACAACAGGAAAUUAUUCUUUGGCGUAAAGGUGAUCGUAUUCGACGUACAAUUCCUACACAACAGCAACAACCAUCACAACAAUCGGCAGCAAUCAUACAGCCAACACAAUCAUCAUUGCCGUCAUCGGCAUCAACAGUACAACAACAGCCACAACCACAAGAAGCAUAAUCACAACGUGUGGAUCGAAUUGGAUCGACUAUUAUUAAUUUUUUUUUUGGGGCCGAUUUCAUAUUCCAAAUUAUUUUUUUUAAUUAUCAAAAAAAAAACAUUAUAACACACACUGAUCAGAAAAAAGGUGUGAUUUAUGCAAUAAUAAUUAUUAAUAGUUUAUAA